UUUAUGAUCGAAUCACUAAACAUAUAUAAGAUAUUUGUUGCUUGGAUCGAUCUUUCCUUUUAAUCUGUGAAAAUGAAGUUGAUGGUGGCCGUGCUGUUGGCCACGAUAGCUGCCGGAAUGAUGACAUCAACGGUGAAGGUGUCGCAGGCGCAGACCAUAUGCAACAUGUCCGGGAAAGAUUUGAUGGCGUGCAAGCCGUCGGUGACGCCGCCGAAGCCGCCACCGCCGUCCCCGAACUGCUGCUCGGCGUUGGCCCACGCCGACAUGCGCUGUCUCUGCUCCUUCAAGAACUCGAAGCUGCUGCCGUCGCUGGGGAUCGACCCCAAUCUCGCCAUGCAGCUUCCCGACAAGUGCAAACUCCCCCACCCUGCCCACUGCUAGCUAGCUGCUUCAACUUUAUGUAUUCUAUCCCCAAUAAUAUAAGGUUCAUUUACAAAAUAAAAAUUUAUAGUUAUUAUCUGAAUGUACUUAGUGAAACUCGCUUUGUGAUAAGAACCAUAAUGAUCUAAGUUUCUGUAGUUAAUAUGCUAUUUCAGUCACUCAUCUAUGAAUGCAAUAGUACUACUGUGUUUGAUAUUUUAUAUGUAUAAAAUAAUACUUUGUUUCCUAAGGCAACAAUUAUUCAUUAUUGUCU